UCCCCUUCAGUGAUCCACUACCGUCGUCAUUAGUGUGAAUAAACGAGUAAGUGGUCAUGACGUGGGCUCCCUGGUUCUGAGACGAGGCAGUUGUUUACCCGGCAUCGAUACAAAGUCGGUGUGUUCGGUCUGGAUACCCAGCGGCUUCUUUUGUCGGAUAUGUUUUUGUGAACGUGAGUCCUUCAGGUAAUGAUGAUAACAGCUUGGCUCAAAGAAAGGACUUGAGAGGAAAGGAUGGGCAGGAGUGUCUGGGGCUUCAGGAAGAGUGUCUUCUCUACUGCGGUGCUCUAUGGCUCACUGGCCCUUUUUACAUCCAUCCUCCACAAUGUGUUCCUGCUUUAUUAUGUGGAGACGUUUGUGUCCAUCUACAAGAUUGAUAAAAUCUCCUUCUGGGUGGGAGAGACUGUAUUUCUUAUCUGGAACAGUCUGAAUGACCCUCUCUUCGGUUGGCUGAGUGACCGCUCCUUCCUCAGCUCUCCUCAGUCAUCCUCUCAGAUCACAUCUCCAGAGGUGGUGCUGAAGCGCCUUAAGGCCCUUUCUACUAAUGGCCCUCUCUUCGCUGUGUCCUUUCUGGCAUUCUGGGUGGCAUGGGCCAGUCCAGGCCUGCAGUUCCUGCUGUGCCUGUGUGUGUACGAUGGUUUUCUCACCAUGGUGGACCUCCACCACAGCGCCCUGCUGGCUGACCUCGCCGUGUCUGCCACCGACCGCACACGCCUCAACUUCCACUGCUCUGUGUUCAGCGCUUUGGGCUCCAUCUCUGUUUUCCUGUCGUAUUCUGUCUGGGACAAGGAAGAUUUCUACUCCUUCCGUCUGUUUUGCUUGACUCUGGCAGCUUUUUCCAUUUUGGGCUUUUUUGUUGUGUCUCGGCUACUGCAGCAACGUUUCAACAAGGAAAUCCGUCUAAAACAAGAUGAGGCGUCAACACUAAAAGAGCUAAGUGUUGGUCAUGCUCCAUUUACUGACGCACAGAAACCCAUCACUAUUGGACAGUAUCUGAAACAGCUCUCCAAGCACAGAAACUUCAUGUGGUUUGUGUCCAUGAAUCUAAUCCAGGUGUUUCACUGCCACUUCAACAACAACUUCUUUCCACUUUUCCUCGAACAUCUCUUGUCCGAUAACAUCUCUGCCUCUACAGGUUCUAUCCUGCUCGGGAUCUCUUACGUUGCCCCCCACCUGAACAACUUGUAUUUCCUGACACUGUGCCAGCGUUAUGGGGUUUACCAGGUUAUCCGCUGGCUGUUUAUGCUCAAACUGGGACUUAGUGUGGUUAUGCUGCUUGCAGGGGCUGACCACAUUUAUCUGCUGUGCAUCUUCAUCGCUAGUAACCGGGUGUUUACAGAGGGAACCUGCAAGCUGCUGAAGCUGGUCAUUUCUGAUCUGGUUGACGAGGACUUUGUGGUGAACAGACGUCAGCAGGCCGCCUCGGCUCUCCUCUUUGGGAUGGUCAACCUGUUGACCAAACCCGGCCAGACAUUCGCCCCGCUCAUCGGCACCUGGCUGCUCUGUGUUUACACAGGUUAUGAUAUUUUCCAGAGGUCACCCGUGAAGGAUACUGUGUCUUCAUUUGACUCAGGAACUCCGCCUCUCCGCCUGGGCUGUUUUUACAUGUUGGUGUUCGUGCCUAUCACCUGUGCCCUGCUCCAGCUGGCCACCUGGUCUCGUUUCACUCUUCACGGCCAAAAGCUACAGGGAAUCAAGACCCUAAGGCAGGGGACUCAGCACGGUGGUCUCAUCGAUGUCAAGACUAUUUAAAACAAAGGAAAAUAUGCAUGGAGCUGCACAAAGACACUUUUUAAAUAACCAUUCUUAUGUUUAUGUAAUAUUCUAAGAAUCAAAAAGCUGCCGUGUCGUCACUCUGCAGCUUUCAUUGUGAAAUUACGAACUAUUACAUAAAUUCUUUUUGUAUAGUGGAAAAUCCCUCAAGGAAAACAUUUUUGUAUAACUGAACCAUGCCUUAUUUUUUAUAUUGGAAUUCAGAUUAUAUUUAUAUUUAAAUUGAAGACCAAAUGCUAACAUUAAACCAGUCAUUCCUUUUAGGGUUUGUGGACCAAGUUGAAACCGCUUUAAACUAAAUGAUGCACUGUUUAAAAUGGUUUGUAAAGCAUUAUUAUCACCCAGUAAUAUUCCUUCGCUUCAGCUUGUUUUUCCAAACCAGGAAAACAGAUCUACGAUUUUCUGUGUAGAGAGAGCAAAGACUGGACUAUAACUGCAUUGAAUUCAGAGUGCCAUUAAUCCAGCAUAAAACCUGCAAUUCAGCACAGCUAAUUUAAAUGUUUACCACAUAGACUGUCCGGCCAGAAAUGUAUAUAUUUCUUGUGCUGAAUAUGUACUUGCUUUGUCAUCUGUCUGUAAUUACCCAACUUUUUCAGUUUGUCCUAUUUGAUAUUAUCAUAAUAAAAUGAAGGCAAGAAAUUA